CGGGUCUGCUGUUAUUGAUGCUUCAGAGCAAACUCUUCAGAGAGCGCUGUGUGUUUGUGUGCAGCGUUCAGCAGAAGCGCCUCCAGAAUGACGUCUGUGGUGAGCGACACGGCCGAGGCGGUGGAUCUGUGUCCCGAGUUCAGCCUCUACCUCAAACACAUCUCCAGAGUCACGGUCAGCGUGGCUCUGCCGCACCUCAAGACGCCCGGCAAGUCCAUCUCUAACUGGGAGGUGAUGGAGCGGCUGAAGGCCAUGGUGCAUCCGGAGCAGUUCUCCUCGCUGCGCAUCUCCAAGAGCAGCAUGGACUUCCUCCGCUUCGAGGGCGAGGUGGAGAACCGGAGCGCCGUCAAGCGCUCGCUGGCCAAGCUGGAGGGCAAGAGCAUCAAGCUCAGCGGCUUCACUGACGUCCUGAAGAUCCGCGCCGUCGCGCACAAAGCAGACUUCCCCACACGCCACGACUGGGACUCCUUCUUCAGAGACGCCAGGGACAUGAACGAGACGGUUCCCGGAGAGCGGCCCGACACCAUUCAUCUGGAGGGGCUGCCGUGCAAGUGGUUCUCCGUGAAGGACGGCGCUCCCGACAGACCCUCGGAGGCGGCGCUCCGGACGGUUUUCCAGCGCUUCGGGAAGAUCCGGAACGUGGAUAUCCCCAUGCUGGACCCGUACCGCGAGGAGAUGACCGGGAAGAACUUCAACACCUUCUCGUUCGGGGGACACCUGAACUUCGAGGGCUUCGUUCAGUAUCAGGACCACACGGGCUUCGUCAGGGCCAUGGACUCGCUCCGGGGGAUGAAGCUCAUGUUUAAGGGAGACGACGGGAAAGCCGUGGCCUGCAGCGUUAAGGUGACGUUCGACACGACUAAACACCUGAGUGAUUCGUCGCUGAAGAAGCGUCAGCAGGAGCGACUGAAGCUGCAGGAGCUGGAGAAACAGAGAGAGGAGCAGAAACGCAGAGAGAAGGAGGAGGAGGAGCGCCGCAAGCAGGAGGAGAGGAAGCAGCGCGAGCAGGAGGAGGAGGAGAAGGAGAGGAGGAGAGAGGAGAAGCUGCGCAAACGAGAGCAGAAGCUGAAGGAGAAGGAGGAGAAGAAGACGCAGAAGAAGCUGAAGAAGCAGCAGGAGGAGGAGCAGAAGAAGCUCCAGCUGAAGAUCUCCACGGAGGAGCGUAAGCUACUGCUGGCUCAGAGGAACCUGGAGUCCAUCCGGCUGAUCGCAGAGCUGCUCAGCAGAGCCAAGAGGCUAAAGCAGCAGCAGCAGCAGGAGCGCAGACGUCUGGAGGAGCGCAGACAGCUGCAGGAGGACGAGCUGCGCCGCGUGGAGGCCGAGAAGCAGCGAACGCUGGAGCUGCAGAGGAGAGAGCGCCAGCUGCGCGACAAACUGCUGGGAAACCUGCUCAAGAAGAGCACCAACACUGACGACGUCCAUCUGGACCUGCAGAUCUGCGCCGCGCAGAACCAGCACCAGCGCAGGCACGCCAGCGCAGCCACGAAGCAGCAGAAGCGGAGAGAGAGCGAAGCAGACGGCGGCAGACGCAGUCGCAGACGUAGCAGGAGACGCAGCCAGAGCCGCAGCCGCAGCCGCAGACGCUCGCGUCACCGAUCCAGACGAUACUGAGAGAACAGCCAGGUCAUAGAACACAAAACAUAAGAAAAUGCAUUUCGUUUAAAGAAAGCUGAUUUAGGAACACUGAGGUUUUUUCCCCCAGCAUGUUGUAUGUUUUUCAUAAGGAAUGUGAAGCCUGUUUUAGAAGCCUUUAUUAUUUGAUUUGAUUUGAUUUGAUUUUAUUCCCAGCAAAUGAUGUUGCCUAUUUAAGAAUUAAGAUGUUUUUCUUGUUUUAUUCUUAAUUAUUUCAUUUUUUUCAUUUUUCUUUUUCUUCCCCCC